AUGAUAAGGUAUCCUCAAUUUAUAGAGCCAUCAACAAAUAUCGAAUACAUCCAUUUGGCUGAUCAUAAUGAGUAUCGUUUGUAUAAGUUAACUCUUAGACAUGGCUCUACACGAUCUCAAAUAUAUACUGUGAAUAAAUGGCUUGAAGAGUACUUGCAAGCGUCAUUCGAAACGCCAAAUCGAUUUUAUCCUAACGUUGUUGAAGUAUGUGGAACAACGAUGCUGGCUUUUUUCAUUCAAAAUACUACCGUAUCGACGAAGAAUAUCAAUGCACUUCUUUUGGCUCGACUCGAAGCGUAUGACAAUUCAAAAUACAUUUGCUAUAUUAGCGUUUUGAAAGAACAUCGGCAAACGGGUCUUGGAACAAAAUUAUUAAAUGAAUUUAUUAAAGAUGCUAUUCGAUUGAAUAAUGCUCGAGUCUCAUUGCAUGUAAACACGGAAAAUAAGAGUGCGUUGUCACUGUAUUUAAAAUGUGGUAUGCGAUGUAUUGAUUACAUUCCUGGCUAUUACUUCGGUGAUCAAUCCUAUGCGACUCAAAAUGCUUUUAGCAUGGUCUUAGAAGUAAAAAAUGUUAGAAAUUCCACAGUAGUCUGUCAAUCAGCAGCUGCUGUUGAAAUUUCUCCAAAUGAGCAAGCUAUUUACGAACAAAAAUGUCCACAGGCAUUCAAUGGAUAA